AUGCCACGUACACAUCCGAAUGCGGGCCCAUCAAAACCAGUUACCCCGACCUCGCGGCUAAUGAACCCUUGGAUCGCCUUUUUCAUCACGAUCGCCGUACGUCUCGUCCUCGCGAUGAGCUACGACGUGCUGGAGAGAGGGGUGACGGAGCCUUGGGUGUUUCAUCCGCCGAGAGGGUUCCCCCUAGGAUCGAACUCCACCCUCGCGUACCACACCGCCGACGGAGAGCGGGUCGUCGCCCAGCCGCUACUUCGUUUCUCCCUCAUUCCGGCGCCGUUGGAUGCAGGGGUAUGGCGGGAGGUCGGGUUUCUGCGUGCGCACUUUUCCGAGCACGGGAUUCCCGACUACCUGCUCUCGAUUUCGCCGUGGUACGUGCGGUUUCUGCCUCCUUUUCUCGCAUGCCGUCCAUGGCCGGCGGCGUGGCUGGGGCUGUGCGACGGCCUCACGGCUUUUUUUCUCGCUGGAUGGCCCUCCUGCACCCCCACCCUGCUUUACGCCGGCUUUGUGUUUAACCCUUUCAUGGUGUUGCCCGCUCUCUAUGAAUCCAUCAUGCCGCUGGAGUGGUUUUUGUUGGCAAUUGUAGUGGAGGGGUGUCGACAACGGCGACAACGCCCAUGGGUGUUUCUCCUCGCCCUGAUCGCAUCCAUUGCGCUCGGGAGCAGUUUUUUGGCGGUUCCGGUGAUGCUGCUCUACCCGAUGGGAGUACGUUGCCGAGGCGUGGCGAUAGGCUCGGCGGCCGCCCUCAGCCUCGUGGUGGGCGCCUACGCACUGCUUUAUCGCGUCUACACCGAGGAUGUUUUUCAGCGCACCGCUGCUUACAUCCCUAUCGACCAUGGCACGUUGUGGUAUGUGAAGAUGUCUAUCUUUCCAGCCUUCGAAAGAUGCCUUGAAAUAGCCCUCGUGAUCAUCCCGGCCGUGAUUACUCUUCCUACCGCGGUGGCGAUUCCACCGUUUGCUGUCACGGAGGUCUCUUCCUCUAGGCACACCCCACUCGUCGCAGAUGUCAAGGUUUUUAUGGUUUGCUUUGCAAUAGCCAUCUCAGUGAUGUUUCGAAGCUUUCUGACGAUUCCCUUUUGGUGCCUUGUAGUGCUGUUUAUGUAUGCAAACCGGACCCCCGCAGCCGCGGCACUCCCAGAUAUUAGCGAGAGCGAUUCCGAGAAAAGGCCUGUUGGCGACUUUCAAAGCGUUAAACUGGAUAUGUUCUUUCCUAUUUUCACGUUUCUCAUUACAGUGCCUGCGGUGUGGGGGUUCUAUCUCGCCUACGGGUUCUGGGAGGUAUCGAAUAUGAAUUGGAUAUUCUUCUUCAACAUGUCAUUUCUAUUUAGCUGCGUGGGAUAUUUGAUAAUUUGGAUGAAUGCUGUUAUCGUUGAUAUUACCAAUCGAGAAAGUCGCGCGGAGCUCGAAGGAAUAUAA